AUGGCAGCAAAGGAGGAUCUUUACUCCAAGAUUAUUCCGCGCAGACUGAGACAGAAUAGUUGCGUCUCUGUCAAACAUGGAUCCAAUCUGGACGUGCUGCUGUCGAUGGGUUUCCCUCAGCAGAGAGCGAAACACGUGGGCCGGUCAGUUGUCCCUGUUGUCUGCUGCAGUCUGGCCACAUUUGCCGCCAGGCCUGCAGGUGUUGGCGGGCUGUAUUUUGGGAUGGACAGCUGUGCGCUCUUCCCUUCGCCAGUCUUCCCGUGUGGCAAGGAUGACAGCUGGUACUCUCAGGCCUCAGGGCUUGUGGGAUGGCGUCUGUUUGUUGCACUUUCGGGGCGUCAGGUGACGCGUUUCCUCGAGAAGCCACAGGAGGGCGUCACAGCAUCUCGUCUUGCCAGUGUGGUUUUCUACUGUCUGCGCAAGGAGUCAUUAACGUACAUCUCCGAAUUCCUCAAUAAACACCCUGUUAAAGACAGAACCUUUGGCAAGUUUUGGGAAUGGCUUGUAAAUGAGGAGAAAGUUCCUGUUUACGGAAUGAAGUUACCAACAGGAUUUCAACUAAUUGGACAAGUGGGUUUGUCUGAUUACACAAAAUGGCUCGCUCACUACUCGUCAAAGCAGCAGUUGUCCCCAUCUAAACCCAUUACAUGCCGCUCGUAUGCCAGGGUUGGCCUGAUGGGAAACCCGUCUGAUGGUUUCAAUGGGAAAACUAUUGCUAUGAGCAUCUCUAACUUCUGGGCAGAGGUUACGCUCAUAGAGAGCCAGACUCUGGUAACUUUUCCUCAUCCUCUAAACGACCCCACAGAAUUUGGAGGCUUGCAGGAUCUCUUUCGGAUAAGCCGGAAAGAAGGGUAUUUGGGAGGUCUGAGACUUCUGCAAGCCACCUGUAAAAAGUUUUACCAAUUCUGCUCAGAACAAGGAAUUGCUCUGUCCAAGCAGAAUUUCACUCUUAAGUAUGACACAAACAUUCCCAGACAAGUGGGAUUAGCUGGCAGUAGUGCUAUUGUGUCUGCCACCUUGAAGUGCCUGAUGAUUUACAACAUCACAGACAAUGAUCUUCCUCAACCCAUCAGAGCCAACUUCAUCCUCAAUGUAGAGACCGAUGAGCUGUUCAUCACAGCUGGUCUACAGGACAGAGUUGUGCAGGUCUAUGAGGGCCUGGUUUACAUGGACUUCAGCAAACAGCUUAUGGAUGAGCGUGGUUACGGGAGAUACAUUCCCUUGGACAUGCGUGAUCUUCCCAUGUUCUGGCUGGCUUACUUGAGCGAUCCAAGUGAUUCUGGAAGGAUUCACAGCAAUGUUAGACAGCGCUGGUUAAACGGUGAACCUGCUGUUGUCGAAGCUAUGAAAGCAUUUGCUGAACUCACAGACCAAUCUCGGGCAGCCUUCCAGUGUAAGGACUGGGCCAGACUUGCACAACUCAUGGAUGAAAACUUUGAGCUACGGCGGUCGGUCUAUACUGAUGACUGCUUGGGGCCUGGAAAUCUAAAAAUGGUACAGCUUGCAAGACAGUUUGGAUCUGCAGUGAAGUUGCCUGGCAGUGGGGGUGCAGUUGUGGGCUUGUGUAUGGAUCAUGAGCGACUGAUGGAGAUGAAGAGGGCUUUCCAAGAGGCAGGAUGUGUGUUUUGUUUGAUCGUGCCUUACGACCCAUCAGUACAGGGUCAGAACUGAUUACCCAGAGGAAAGCUUUUAUUUUAUUAUUAUUUUUUCUCUCACAAAGAAGAUGUGUUGUAAAGGCUCUGCUAGCAGAACAUACUGCCCAAAAUCUUAAUCAGGUCAUCAUUUAUACAUUUUCCUGUUGUCCCCAAACUGUAUGUCUGUCGUUGUUCUGUGGAAAAUAAAUCUAAUCUAUUUUGAGA